CAAGGGGGCCUCUCUACAACUUAUUAUGCAUAACUUUAAAAGUUUAUUUUUAUACACCAUGGACAUCAUUUUCAUGAUCUCACCCAGACAAGGUAGUACUGGUUGUCAGCUCCAGAAAGCUAAAAUGGUGUUUACACCCAAUGUCAUUGAGAAGAUGAGCAAUGAACACACAAUCAGCUGCUUAGCUCCACAGUGUGUCUAUGGUGUGAGGUGCCACUUCUACAAAGAAGCUGAAUCAGAGCCAUUCAGAUCAGUGAGCUCAGACAGCCACCAAUGUGACUUCACUGCAAGAGGAGAUGAGCUGCUGGGUGAUGUGGAAUUAAAGAGUGAAGGCAUUCUGCAUUACAGUUGUGAUUAUGAAUCCAUUAUUAACAGUACAACCUCUGAAAGAAGUGACAAUCACAAUGUCAAAGUGCAGCAGUCAGUAAAUGCUGAAGUCAAACUCCUGACCACAGAAAUCCAGAAGACUGAAUCUAUCAUGAUUAAAUGUCAAGGGGACCAGGCAGUUAAAGGAUUUUGUUAUUUUUAUAAAAAUGAAGCUCUUUUCUUUUCGGAGGUAUACAUCACAGAAGAAAGAGCCUGUGUGAUUACUUUGUUUGGGUACCAGUUGUUGGAUCAAAGAACAAUGAAGAGUGUCACUCAGGUGAAUGUGAGCUGUGAAAUUAAAGUCAUAGGAAAUGAUGACAAAUGGACAUCACGCCGCAGCAGGAAGUUGACACUAAAUAUAAAUGAAAACUUAAACAGACCUGCAUUGAGUGCAACGUCUCACAUAACUAGAAACGAUUCAACAAUAACGCUGACUUGUGAAUUGCCUCAAACAUUCCCUGAAGCUCACUGCCAUUUCUACAGAGAUGACGAUUUGCAUCCAUUCAAGUCAAAGAGCUCAGAAGAUAACAAGUGUGAGCUGUCUGUGAAUGGACAUGAACUGCUAGGAGGUCGAACUGCAGGGAUGGAGAAUGAGAUUCAAGUAAGGUGUGACUACACUCUGAAUAUGAGCCUGGAGAUCCAUUCACAGUACAGCAAUUACACAAGCAUUAUAGUACUGGAGACUACCUGCAGUGUGGAGUGCACCUUAGUAGCUAAAGGAAUUGCAACUGGGUCAUUUUUCAUUUUUGUGAUUUCCCUUCAUCUAUAUGCUCAUCUUAGAUACAGUAAGUAAAAGAAGGGUAGUGAGAGUGCCACUGAUCAGCAGAUGGUGCCUGGACUUUUGAACAGAAAACAAGGUUUCUCUCUUUUAAUGUUUACUAGGGACUCAGAGGUUAAAGAUAUUUCAUUUGUAUGCAGUAUAAAACAUUGAAUCAAGAAUGUUUACCUAAUCAGCAAUUAAUCUUUGUUGGUGUCUUAUACUAUUGGGACUUAACAUUGCGGUAAAGGAAAUCUAGGCACGUUACCAAACUGAUACUAUAAUACACCAGUCUUCAGAUUAGAAAUGGUAGGCACACCAUCUCAUUUCCUUCUUGGUCAUAUUUCAGUGUUCAUGUCCUUCAUCUUUGAUACCUCAGGGCUUUGCAUGUCUGUAUUGCUAAGAAACAGAUUUAACAUUUAAUUUCAUCUUUCUUCAGUUAGUUCCACCUUGUUUUAUUUGUAUUUCUUUGCUCCGUUCCACCCAUUCAAACACAGCUUCAUCGCUGUGUGCCACUUUGACUUUACUGUUAAGUUUUCUUGUAAUUUCACCUCAAUUUAUACUAAAAUAAUGUUUAAAAUGUGAGUCUUUCUUCCAAAAUCAUAAUCAUUAGCAUAUUCUGCAACUGCAGCUCAUAUUAUUACCAGAACCGCUUCCAUAGAACACAUUACUCCUGUCCUUCAACAGCUUCACUGGCUUCCUAUUAAAUAUCACAUUGAUUUUAAGAUUCUACUUAUUACUUACAAGACUCUUCAUCAUCUGGCACCUCCUUAUCUUUCUGAUCUUCUUCACAUCACAAAUUCCUUCUCGUAUCCCUUAGAUCUUCUUCCUCUAUCAAUCUUAUUUUACGUCCUGCUCGCUUAACUACAAUGGGGUUUAGAGCUUUCAGUUAAGUGGCCCCUUGCCUCUGGAACUCUCUCCCACAAGACAUUCAUAAUAUCGGCUAUCUUUCUACCUUUAAAUCUCACUUUAAAACACAUCUUUUAA